CGGAAGUUUAUGAAAUGGACGAAGUGGCAGAGAGAGACGAGGGAAAUACUACGAAUCCUAGUAGUAUUUCGUCUCCGAGACUCAUAGAUCUGCCAGUCGAGGAAACGUUCAGAGAGGAACAUUUCGUCACGCCUCAAUACAAGUAUACGUUUGUGAGGUUGCCGAGAGUGCACCCAAUGACGGUAUACCGGAUGGAGAAAAUUACUUCUAAGAGGCAUGUCCCCAGUGUGGACGAGAUCUUCCGGUUCUGCAAGAAUUUAUUCAACAAGGCGCAGCUGAGCGCUGAGUGCACUAUUGUGUGCUUGAUCUACAUUGAGAGGCUGAUGGAGCAGGCCAAUGUGCCGCUGCUUGCAGCCACAUGGAGACCUAUUGUGGUGUGUGGUCUGCUGCUGGCGUCCAAAGUGUGGCAAGACUUGAGCUCGUGGAAUGUCGAGAUCAGCAAUAUUUAUCCGCAGUUCUCGCUGCACUCGAUCAACCGCCUCGAGCGGCUCUUCCUGCACCACAUCCAGUGGGAUCUCUACAUUUCCGCCACCGUGUACGCCAAAUACUAUUUUGCGCUGCGUUCGCUGACGGAAAAGAAGGACUUCCGUCGUCGGUACAACUAUACGAUGCGAGUGGAUCCACCCAACUCGAAGCGGUUGGAAGAGCGAAGCGCAGCAGUCAAGAACGAGUUGUAUUCCAAGAGUCUUUGAAGUGAAUAAUCGUGAAUUUGAUUUAUUUUUUUGUUGGUG